AGUAUGUAGGUAUGGGACAAAUCUUGCAAGUUAAAUUUGACCCACUUCCCUGUUUCCGAUGAAGCUGAAAAUUUGCAUACUUACAUAUGUAAGUCGGGUGACCAUGCAAUAUUAUGGUACCAUCAAGCUGAUCUGAUGAUGGAGACAGGAGGUAGCCAUAGGAACUCUGUGAUAAAACAACGCAACCUAAUUGUGAUUGGGGUUUUUAGAAUUGUCUCGAAGAGUAUUAGUUGCCUGUGGAAAAAAAGGGCAGUCAGCGAUAAAAGCUUGUACCAAAAAUGAAAUUUUUGCCAAAAACUUAUUCAUAUACCUAAGUAAUAAUCUAUGUGAAAAAUACUAUAGUCCUUUAUGCCAGUCCAAACACUCCAAGCAUUGUUUCCCUUUACGCCUUUCCCCCUGGCCCCCUACCCAACCUCAUGAUUGAGUUAAAAAUUAUGAACAGAUUUCAAGGGCAAGGGCAACAUUAACCCUCCCCUAUUCCCGGAUCGGCCAGGCAGUGAGUUCUGCUCGUCCCGGCGUAGCCCUCUAGCCUCCGGUCCUCCGACACUCCGUCGUCCAUGACGUCCGUCAGUAUUCGCCGCGCCGUCGCCGCGACUACACGUUUGUCACGGUCACUCCGCGCAAGCGCGCUACAUCGCGCCCACCCCAUUGACAGUGACGUUUCUAAGUAUGACAUUCGUGUUUUCGGUGUGAUUAAAUAAAUAUAAUAAAAUCAACAGUGAUCGUGGUUACAGUGGAUUUAUACUAUUAAGGAUGGGUUUCGGCUAGGACCAUGAUGCGUAAAGGGCCCGUUUCGGGCGCGGAUUUCGCGCUGGACGCUGCCGAGUGCAUUUCGCUUCAGCAGAUCCUGCAGGCGUUUAACUCGACGAUAAGUGAGGAGCAUGCCUGGGCGCUGGCCUACCAGGCGGCCAGGUGCUUCCAGAAGUGCCUGGCUGACGGAAACACCUGCUAUUUGGUGACGGAGCCGAGGCACGUUCUGCUGCAUAAGGAUGGCUACGUGCAUCCGAAUACGCUGGUUCAGCCUGGAGAUGACAGCAGCCGGGAGGAGGUCACCUCAGAACAGCAGUUGGUGGUGAACCUGGCGCUGGCCAUCUACCAUGCGCUGGACUACACUCACUCGAAGGACGAGGAGCGGCUCAUUUCGCCAGACCUCGAGGGCCUCAUCACCGAGAUGACGGCUUGCGAGGCGCCUGAUGACGAGGAUGAACUCGGUAUCCUGUCCGAAGGCUCGGAAACAUCGGAAGGCGGACGCGCGGACACAGACGACGAAGGCAUCGAACGCGACGCGGACCCCGCGCCACGCCGCCGGCGGCGACGGCGGUUCAUGCUGCGGGAUGUCGUCGAGCGCUGCGUAUGGCACUGCGGCGGCGGGCACCGCCCGCGCGACACCGCCGCCGCGCACUACCGCGCCGUGUGCCGUGCGCUGGUCGCCGAGGCGCUGGAGCUAGCGUCCUUCCUUGCGAGAGUGCGGGUCGGCGGCGCCAGGGACCUCGGUGCUGCCGAGGAAUCUGUCACUCAUUUGGAUACGCUGCAGUUCUCUGAUUGGUCAAACCGAAGGAUUUGGAGAGCCCUUCAAGCGCGAUUUUGGGUGCAAGUUAUCGGAGAGUUGAGAAUGGGUGUUAAGUUAAAGAAAGUCAGUUACUCGCGGACCCCCAUUGAGUACGAGUUGACCCCGUACGAAAUCCUCAUGGACGACAUCAGAUCCAGGAGAUAUACUUUAAGGAAGGUUGACGGCGCGAUACCACCGAGUGUAAAGAAAGACGCACACGCAAUGAUUCUCGAAUUUAUUAGAAGUAGGCCUCCAUUAAGAAAGGCAUCAGAACGCAAACUACCGCCAGCACGGCGAGAAGCGACUCCUCGCGAGAAGUUGCUGGCGUCCAUCCAGGUCGGCAGACAGCUCAGGCCCACGCCCUACUCCAGGAGAUUAUCAACGAGUGGGUCCGGUAGCGGGCCGGGAGGAGGCGAGGCGAGGCGGGGGGACGUGACGCCGCAUGCGCCGCCGCAGAGGAGGCUCAUCAAAGUCGACUUCGACAAUCUAGAGGACGAUGAAGACGAGGAAGACACAGAGACCUGCACGAGUCCAGAAGUAUGCGCUCCCCAACCGUUCCCGAGGCACUCGGCACCACAGCAGGCGCCUAAACCCUGGAAGCGGACAGAAGAAACGCCUCCACGCGCGCCCCCCCGCACGCGAAUAUCGCACGACGAGUACCACCAGUUCUGCGACGAAGCCCUGGAAUCGUACGACUUGGCAACGCAAUGUCCGUCUCGACGCGCCUCCAUGCGGCGCCAUACCGUGGCUCACGCGCACCCUGUGUGUCCACCGAUAGAUGGCGCUCACUCCUUGCCACACUCAAGGCCGGGCUCCCGAGCGUCAUGCGCGGGCGCAGCCUCGCUAGCGAGCAGCGACGACGCGCAGCUCGGCGAGCUGUCGUGGUCGCGCUCGUCGCUGCAGGACGAGCUCAUCAAGUCGGUUAGUGGCAGCCCCAAAAUUGCGCACAAACAGUGGCAAGACGCCAUAAUGUCCGACGACCGACUGUCCCUGACUCUUGAAGAGAUCGUCCACAUCAGAUCAGUUCUGACGAAGGCGGAGCUUGAAGUAUUGCCUGUCGAAGGCAGGGUUAAAGAGGACGUGGAGAAGAGAAGGGUAUGCUUCCUAUGUUUGAAGACAAGAUUCGGCAUUUUUGGUCCGUGGGGCCAGAAGUGCAAGCUGUGUAAGAAAACUGUUUGUCAGAAAUGCUGUUCGAAGAUGCGUAUACCAACGGAGCACUUUGCGCACGUGCCAGUAGUACUGCUCAGCCCAUCGCUGCUGCCGUCGCCGGAGGACGAGCCCUCCUUCCCGAGGAGCCUCAUGAGUCGGCUGGUGCCGGAACACUCGAGCUGCGAGCAGAACAGCGUCGGCAGCGCGCCCAGCAGCCCGGCGGCGGCGCGGCGCGCGGGGCCGGCGCCGGCGCACUCGGCGCCCGGCUCGCGCGGCGCCAGCGCGCUGGGCUUCGCCGAGCUGUCCGUGCCGCCCGCCAUGAGCCGCAGCGUGGAGGGGCCCGAGAGCAUGCCCGUCACCUUGCCCGUGCACACGCCGGACCGGAGGGCCCGCUACAGCCGCAGCACGACGCACGCGACGGCGGCCGAGCGGCUGCGCGGCGUGCAGAUGGCGGUGUGCCACGACUGCAAGGCCAUGGUGCUGCAGAUCAUCAAGUCGUCGCGCGCCUCGCGCUCCGCCUCGCGCGACCGCGCGCUGCGCCACCUCACGCUGGACCUGGCGCCCGUCUACACGGCCGACUGCUAGUGCGCCAGGCUGAGGCUUGUCCGAAUGACUUCAGGGAAUGAUCUUUCAUAAGAACUUCAUACGCGUUUGAACGAUCUGAUCUACCUAGCUAAAUAAUAAUAAUAAAAAAAAAACAAAGUUUCCAAUAUUUGCACUGUGUGAGGAUGAGGACUUGUUCGCAAAAGGCCUCCCUUGAAACGAUAGCGCGGUUUCAGCCUAAAUACUACUGCAAAAAUCUGCUUUUAUUCGGACCGUACCUUUUAAGAAGUGAACGAGACCGAAUCUCUUCAACCUUAAUUUCAAACGGACAAGCGCUCGUGUUUCGCUCACCAAGUGUACAUUCUGAAUAAUUAAACUGCUAUUAAAAUAUAGAUUCUGGGUAAUUCUAACUAUCGCAUCGCUUUCUUUGAAGCGAAAGCGAAUAUUAAUUGAAAAUCUUCAUGACCUUUUUUGCUCGACAUUCUUCUUCAUUUUCUUUGAAAACAUGACAUUUAACGCUUUAUAAUCCAAAUCUUUUGACAUUAAUCCCAGAUUUCAACCCGGACAAAAAACAGUGGAAAAAGAUCUGAUUCUAAAAUUGGUUCUUAUAGUAGAAUUAGGUUUAGAUAAUACCAAACCCCUAUUUCACCAAUUUGACAGUAGUUAUCCGACACUGACAAAUAUUUUUGCUUCAAACACUACCCUUCGACGACCAUGAACUUAAUAAUGCAAAAAUAUAUCUACGGCGAAUUAUCAAUGUUAUAUAACAAUUGUCAUUGUCAAGUUGGUGAAACAGAAGGGAGAUAAUAAGGAGCUUCCGAGGUUGUGUGGAUCUAACAAUUUGUUUUAACUAGACAAUGACUCUUGACAAUACUCUAUGACCUUUUGACAGAUACCUAAUAAUUUUAUUUGUCGCACAAAUUCAUUUUCCCAUUUUUAAUCGAAUUAAAUAUUUACAACAGAGAUAUUCUCGCCCAGAUGUAUUUAAUGAUAUAAUAAUAAAUGUAAUGAUAUAUUCCAAAACUAAAUCAUAUUUUGUCACGUAUUGUAAUAGAAAAUAUAAAUAUUUAUAUUCAUAUUUUUUCCAAAUAGAAUGUUUGAUGUUUCAAAAUGUCUAUAAUAAAUGAUUGUAACAACGUAAUCUGUGUUCAGAAAUAAUGAUGUGCUAUGAUUGUUAUUGUAUAAAGAAAUUUAUCGUGUACAUAGAUGUAUUGAUAUUGGUAAUUCUGUCGAUUGGAUACCAUUCCGUCGCACCGAGCAUGACUAAGGUAUGAUAUGCUCCGCCUGAUAUCUCGUCAGUUAAUGACCAAAAUCAGUCUUUUUAAGACUUUUAGCGACCGACUUAUAUUGAUAUGACCUUGGUCGGGUUGUUGAGGCAUUUCAUAUCACACCUAUUAUAAUAUCGGGAUCACUGGCAAUUAGCUAUUUCAAAAAGCUUCUAGAAUAGACAUGGCAUACGAUCCAGUCUGUGAAGCAGUUUUCUGUGCCAUAAAAUCGAUUAAAUAAUUCAGACAUUAUCGGUGAUUGUAAUUGUGCUUAUCUCCACGUCCCGUCAAUACUAGUGUUAGGAUCGCACCAAUGAAGAACAAAUAUCUAUGUGUUGUUGUAAACAACUUACUAUUUACUUAUUUAUUUCCUCGCUUUGCCAUCUUAUUUAUUUACUACGACCGGUCCCUACGCUCAGAUCUUUUUGACUACGUUGAAUAAAAUCAACUAAAUAAAUUGAAUUUUAGGUUAUUUUUCGAAAAUCCCAGUGAAAUUUAAAAUUGCGGGGCCGGCAUAAUCAAGUCUGAUGUGUAAAAAGUUAAUUAUAAGCUUAGUUUCCUCAUUCCACUAUCAUGUCUUAGUUUUAUUUAGAUGUAAAUUAAAUUAUUUUGCCAAAUAUGUAACCACUUUCGAUAUUUCCUUGUAAAUAUAGCUUCUUUAAGUGUUCUCUAAUCGGUUACUUAAUCCUAUAUAGAGGUAAGUUUGUAUAAGAUCGUCAGCCAUGCUAUGGCACGUUAUGUUCGUAGUCGAAUGAAACAAAGUACUCUAGUACUCUACCUUGUCUUUAGCUACGGCACUCGGCACUUGCUGAACCCUUUCGAAGUUUUACAUUCCCUCCGUUAUGUUAUAGUUCACUUUAGUUUUAUUCAUGAUAUCUAGUUUUUUUGUUUAUUGAGGUCUUUGCAUGGUCGAACGAAAAUGAGGCCUAAUUCCUUAUAAUCUAAAGCCGCGUUUACACUUACGCGUACGAUAAAAUAACAACAAUAAUUGUUGUUUUAGUGUCUGUUUAUGUGACUACAAUUAGACUUUUUACACCCACAUAAGUGUAAAUGUGGCUUUUGCUAUUCAGUGUAAAAUAUUACUGCUCAGAGAUCAAAAGUCGAAUUACCAGUUACAGAUUAUUGUAAAUGUGUGUAAAUUGUAGUAGUCUAUAUUAGAUGUUACGUAGAUUGUAACUAUUAAAAACAUAUAUAAAUUAAAAAGAGGAAAUAAAAACGAUACCUAAUAAAAUAAUUACAAAUCGCA